AUGUGGUCUCCCGCGCUGGUCGCGUUCUUCUCUCUCUUAUCGGUCUUCUUCCUCCUCACAUCUUCAGUCGCCCACCCCUUGACAAACCACCCCGCGCGGCUGGCCCGCCACCACGACUUACGCAAAGUCCGCUCCAACGCCCAUGCCACUUUAUCACAACCCCGACGUGGCCGCACAGGGAAGUGUGCGUCCACGACAGCCGUUACCUCAAGCAUCCCUUCGCUCCUGGUAUAUGCCAAAGCUCCAUUGCCUACGACGGCUACCGAUGAUGCGACGACCGCGGUCAAGCGUAGAGGUACUAAAACGAUGUUUGGCGCGUCAUCGAGCACAGAGACGGCAGAACGUGCCUCGGGCAAGGGCUCUGGCAGCACCUCGUCCAGUACCGCUUUGGGUUCCGGCAACGGCACGUCGUCAAGCUCGGCCGCCUCAAGCAACUCAUCUUCCUCGUCUUCCACGAACCGUGGCAGCUCUGGCUCCUUCUCGGCUCCACACUAUGUGAUUUACGCCAAUAUUGAGUUUCCCGGCCAAACCAUGCCGACUGUGGCGGAUCUCGGCCACUUUAACCGCCUCAUACUCGCGUUCUACCAGGCCAACGGGUACAGCGACUCGACCAACGUUGCCAACUGGGUUGGCAUGUCUGCUGCGGACCGACAGGCCGUGUUGGACACAUACCAUGCUUCGGGUAUUGCGCUCAUGCUCUCGGUGUUUGGCGGCGAGGACACGCCCACGACUAGCGCGGUCGACGCCGCCUCGUUUGCAAGCACGAUCGCCGCCUUUGUCAAACAGUACAGGUUUGACGGGGUCGAUAUCGACUAUGAGGACUUUGACGCCAUGUCAGCUGGCACGGCGGCCGAGUGGAUCGAGAUUUUCCACACUUCCCUCCGCUCGGGUCUUGGCGACGCGUACCUCAUCUCGCAUGCACCGAUCGCGCCGUGGUUUGACACCUCGCAGUCUCCGGACGGCGGGUACGCUUCCGUCUGGAAAAGCGUCGGCACCACACUCGAUUGGUUCAACGUCCAGUUUUACAACCAGGGCGCGAGCGCGUACUGCGACUGUACGUCGUUGCUCACCGACUCGAUGUCGACGAGCUACCGGGGCACAUCCAUCAACCAGCUUAACGCGGGUCUGGGCAUUCCGUUCACCAAGCUUGCCAUUGGAAAGCCGGCGGUCUCGAAGGAUGCAGAUAAUGGAUACAUGUCGCCCGCGUCGCUUGCGACCUGCUACUCUGACGUCGAUCAAACCGUCGGCGUCAUGUUCUGGGAAUACACGUCUGCUGCUGUGAGUUGGAGAUGCCCCUACACAUGGCAAUCAGCUGACAAACAGGAUUCGGGUGGCGCGUUCGAGCUGAUCUCGACAGUCCUGGGUGGUUCGAGCAGUGGAUCGACCUCUGACAAUGGUACAACCUCGAGCACAGGAUUGACUGGCCAAGGAUUAGGCGACACCGCUGGGUCACCCAUGACUGCCACAUACGCCAUUGCCGACUCCGAGGCAACAGCAACCAAUGGAGGCGAGGCGAGUGAUGGCGACAAUUACGAGUCUGACACUGGGCCGUCAACCACGCCGACCAAUGACCAAGGUGGAGCAUAG